AUGUUGUACAUGAUGAGCUCGAUGACCCCGCGCGCGUUCAGCAUGAGCCCCACCACGAACGCGUCCCCGCUGUACAUCCCGAGGAGGAACCGAGCCCCGAGCACGAUGGACCCGAUCUUCGCCAUGCAGGCGAACACUAUCAUGACGAGCAUGAUCCAGAAGGAGCGCUCGUUGAUCGUGAACAUGUCGGUCUUGAGCCCGCUCGUCGUCAGGAACGUCGGGUACAGGAACUUCCCGAUCAUGAGGUCUAGCUUCGAGAUCAUGGGCCCGCCUAACGGAGGCCCGUCGGGCACCACGAACCCCAACAUCACCGGACCCAAUAUAAAAUGCUGCCCGAUCAACUCCGUCGCGAACCCGGCUGCGAGGACGCCCGCGAAGCAGAAGAACACGUGCGUGUCCCCUAGAGGCUUCCCCGGCGGUAUCCGUUUCAUGACCCGGUGGAUAAACGGGCGCACGACUAAUGCCAUAGCCAGUAUAAAUAAGAAGGCCGACGACAUCGAGAGCACGGAUCUCCGCGGGUCAACGGCAGUCGAGCUGGCGAUCUGGCCGAGGUCAGUGCUCGCCAUGCGUAGCUCGAUCAGGAGGCACGACACGUUCGGGAAGGCGGUCAUGCUCUGGCCGGCGGCGAUGGCCGGAAGGGCGGCCGCCAGGCUGGCGUCCAUGCGGACGUAG